GGCGGACAUUGUGAUGAGCUGUGUCUACGACGAGAAAGAAAGAAUUCGGAAGUGGGAUGAGUGAAGGAAAGCCUAGUCUUUUAUGCCGUCAGCAGAUGUUGAGGGACGCGAUGAUGGAGGAAACGAAGGACGGGAUUCAAUUGCUGCUGCACCAGCGCGAGUGCAUUACUCAACCGCAGAGGCAAGCUUGGGCACCGAACAGCCGGGAGACGCAAUUGGAUUCAAAAGACGACCAGGAGGCAACGAGCAAUCUAUCCAGGACCAGAGCGAUUGGAGGGGCAAAACCAGUUACAACUUACCGCAAAGCAGAGGAUUCAAGCGACUACGACGUGCAAUUGCAAAGUCGAAAAGCGAAAAGGCACGGAGAGUUGGAUAUCUGACGAAGAAGGGAAAGAGAAGGAAAAGUGAGCCUAAAGACCAAGAGGUGGAUGGCAGGAAGAGGAUGACUUUCAGCCUUUCAGAAAUUUGGGCGACAAGACGACAGCUCCACGUUGGCCAGCUCGCAGGAGGGGUUUGAGGGGUGAUGGAGCUCAGCAUACAGAUUUCGGGGGGCAGUACUUUGGGAGGGCGGUCAGGGGGGUGCUUGGUGCCUGGUGCCACUAAGGGUCGGAGGUGCGUGCCAAAGCUGGCGCCAGCCGGGUGCGCAUCUCACAGCGACGCCAGGAAAAAAAAAGCAUUGGGGCGAGGGAAGCUCAAUGGGCUUGCCAUUGCUCUAGCUCGAGUACCGGUACUUUCAGGAGUCGUUCCCCCCAGUUGUUGAGAAGGCCCAAGUGGAUCGCCAUGAUUUUGAUUUUUUUUUUUCGCAAUCGGAAUUGGAUCUCAGCCUGCGUCGUUUUCGCUCUGACG